GGGGAGGGAGGGGAGGGGAGAGUUCGAAUUUGGCGCGCGAAGAAUACGUUCGCUAGGCUGUCUCCUUGCUCCCAUUUGGUGAUUGGCUUUGUUUUUUUUUUUUGUUCGCCUUUUCCCCAUCGAUCCGACGGACGACGAAAUGAUGGAAGCCACCGUGGCUAUGGCGGCCGCGGCCCCAGGGAUGUUGCACGACGAUCACAAUGAGGCUGUCGACAGGACACGUGUCCUCGUUGCUGAUCUGUGCAAGCAGUUCUACUUCAUGGGAUGGAUGCUUGGCACUUCUGGCAGCAUCAGCGUGAAGGUUCACGAGACCGGUGACGACAACUCUAAUCGAGCGAUUGUGAUGGCUCCCUCAGGUGUGCAGAAGGAGCGAAUCGCACCUGAAGACCUUUACGUACUGAACGCGGAUGGUAGAGAAUGGAUUGUGCCCAACGCAAAACCUCCCCCAGCGAAGGCUCCCAAGCUCACAGAUUCUUGCCCAGUCUUUCUCAAGGACAUCUUGACCUCUCGUUCACGAUUCGCAGACCCAGAGACGGACUUAUCUGAACACUCAGACGUGUGGAACACUCUGGGCGUAGAUGUAACGGUGGAGGCCAGAGAACAGUUGGACAAGCAAGUGUCGGUGGAGGAACUGUCUCACACCAUAUCCACGGUAGCAAGGGGAAAAGCACCUGGGGUUGAUGGGCUGGCGAUGGAAUUUUGCAGGUCAGUAUGGGAGGUGUUUGUAGAGGAGCUGGUAGCACUAUAUAACGAAGUUCUAGAAGGAGGAAGGCUAGGCCCUACCAUGACUCGGGGCAUCAUAACGCUGUUAUACAAGAAAGGGGAUCGCAGCGAGAUCAGAAACUGGCGGCCGAUAUCUUUACUUAACUUCUCAUACAAGCUGUUAGCCAAGACUAUGGCCAACAGACUCGCAGUAUAUCUUCCAAGCCUGGUGGGACCGGAUCAAGGGGCCUUCGUCAAAGGGAGAUCCAUCUUUGACAACUUGGCCACCGCGAUUGAGUCACUUGAGAUCAUUGGAAACAGGAAUUUGAAUGUGGCGGUCCUCAUGCUCGACAUGGAGAAGGCUUAUGACCGAGUUAAUUGGGCCUUCGUCCUCACAACACUGAAGAGGAUGAACUUCGGAAGNAUGCUCGACAUGGAGAAGGCUUAUGACCGAGUUAAUUGGGCCUUCGUCCUCACAACACUGAAGAGGAUGAACUUCGGAAGCGGCUUCUGUAAUGGCGUGAAAGCACUGUACCUGUUCUCCACAGCAGCAGUGCAGAUAUCGCAUAUGGAAAUGCUGAAGGGCAUUGCGGGCCAUCACUAUCGUGACGAGUUGAUAGUUCCUAUAAUCGAAAACAUGCCGCGAGAGUCUGAGCUGACAGAUAGUCUGGAAUCCGCGGUGAAGGCAUAUCCUCGAUCAACGGCUGUUCUUGUGCGUAAUCAUGGGAUUUAUCUCUGGGGGGAUACCUGGAUCUCUGCAAAGACACAGGCUGAGUGCUAUCACUACCUGUUCGAGACUGCAGUCAGAAUGCAUCAGCUUGGGCUUGACCCUUCCGACCCUCUUCAUCGUCCGUACAAGUCGAUAAAUGACCAGGUGGUCCCUUGUGGAUUUGGGAACGGGAUCACUAGUGAAGUUAGGAGUGCCACAUGUGGGACGGGCAGCAGGUUUGGACAAAGGGUAGAAAUUGAUCUUGCUGAGAAGGUAGAGGGUCUCACUCCUAUACCUCCCGCUGGAAGCAACAAGGAGGACGUGUGCAAAGCGACGGAAGCUUAUGUGGCUCUGCUAAUGGGCACGGAUCGGAAGGUUACAGGGCUCAAGGCAUUACAGGGUCAUAUCUGGAGAGCAGGUUAUGCCAUGGGUCAGCUUCAGGCUCUGAUGUAUGACGAUGUCCCAAAGGCGAUGGGACUAUGGCAAGAUGCUGGCCUCAAGACGUAUAUCUACUCGAGUGGGAGUCGGGAGGCCCAGCGCCUCUGUUUCGGGAACACAAAUUUUGGUGACCUGCGGAGGUAUUUAAGCGGCUACUUCGACACCACUGUCGGGGGCAAGCGGGAUGCCAAGAGUUAUGUCGAAAUAUAUCUCUCUCUCGGGGUGGACGAGCCAUCGGAGAUCACGUUCGCGACAGAUGUGUUGCAGGAAGCUCAGGCUGCAGGGAGUGCUGGUUUUGAGGCAGUGCUGGUGGUUCGUCCAGGAAAUGCGCCUCUGCCUCCAGCAUCUGAGCAUGGCUUCCGGGUCAUAACAUCCUUGCUUGAUCUUUGAUGAUGAAUGUAUAUUUGAGGAAGGAGGUCGGGGGAGCCAGAGAAGAGACGGAAUUCAGUCUUAUCCACAGCCGUAGAAACUAGUCUGAACAAAUCAAUAAGCCUGUG